CCGUCAACGAGCCUGCCACCUCGUCAUCAGUAUAUGUCGCGAUCAAGGGUCGGACACAAAGGCGCAACGUUGAAGCACUGCUCAAAAGCUCCUCCUUACGACGCUUCCAAAAGCCACACACAAGCCAAGCUCCCCGGCCAUGAAUCGUGAAUGUUCCCCACAUCUCUGUACACAGGCAUACUCACACUGAUAGUCGCGGGCAAAGCAGCGAACGCGUGCAGCCCACCAUGGCCGGAGCCUCGGUGCUUCUCGGAGCCGUCUCGGUCCGCCACAAAUCCUGAGGACCCACAUCAGAUGCUCCGCCUAGCUGCAGCAGCAUCACUGCGGAUCAAGCGCUUCAGCAAUGUGUACGUCACCAUUCACCAUUACGAAGGCGAACAAGGUCACGAGUCAAGCAGUACGCCAUGGCUAGCAGACUCGUGACAGAGGCGAAGGCUCUGAGAUGACGUACAAGCGCGUCCCGUUUGUUUGCGCGGCGACAGGUGUAAAUGCUUGCGCGCG